GUGAAAGCAUCAACCUCGAAGAAACGGCUACGGCAGUAGUGUUUUCUGAGCUCGAAGUCUAAUUGCUACGGGGUAGAAGAAAGAAGGAAGAGAAGGCUCUUGGAGUGGGCGUUGUUGGACAGUGCCUCCACAAACUUGGCCCCUGUUUUCACAGUGCAGGCUAGAGUGCUUGCUGUGUUGUCGUCGCGUUGGCAUUUCCUGUUACUGCGGGGGAUUGUAAGGGACGUUCUGUAUUCGUGGACGUUGUGGCUUCGAACAAGACACCGUCUACCGUCAUGAGCACCGACAACGAUAUUGAGCGGCAGCUUAUGGCCGAGAUGGAGGCGCAGAUUCAACGCUCCAACGUUCACAGCGACCCGUACGGUAGUCGGCCGCCGUUUGAGAUAACGCCGAUCGUAGACGAUCCCGCCGAGGCAACUCGUAAGGAAGAGGCAGAUCUCAUUCAACGUGAGAUCGAGGAACGCCUUCGCCGUAAGCAGCAGCAGCGUGCGUCGCGGCAGGCCACCCCAGAUACGGUGCUCCAAGGCAGCGGGUACGGCCAGCAGCCGCUGGUGACCGCAGCUGGGGUUAGGGGCAACGGCGGCUACUUCACUCCAUCCCAACACGAUUCGUUUGCGACAGGUGCGCCGGUGAACCACAAAAGCGAGAACAGCUCUAUUGGCAGCAUGGCGGGCGUGAGCAACACAGAAGCGCAGGCCCGGAAGGCGGCAGAGGAGCAAGCGAGGAGAGAGGCAGAGGAAGAGGCCCGUCGCGACGCGGAGGAGCAAAUGCGCCGUGAGGCCGAGGAGCAGGCUCGCAGGGAGGCGGAGGCCCAAGCACGCCGUGAGGCCGAGGAGCAGGCUCGCAGGGAAGCGGAGGCCCAAGCACGCCGUGAGGCCGAGGAGCAGGCUCGCAGGGAGGCGGAGGCCCAAGCACGCCGUGAGGCCGAGGAGCAGGCUCGCAGGGAGGCGGAGGCCCAAGCACGCCGUGAGGCCGAGGAGCAGGCUCGCAGGGUCGCUGCCGAAGCACACGAGCGCCGCCUCGAGGAGAUUCGACGUGAGGCUCGUGAGGCGGUGAUGCGCGAGUACGCCGCAAAGCUGAAGAAGCCGCUGAGCGACGCCCCUCUCUCGACACGACCGCGUGCGAUGUCCGCCGACACUCCGAAUGGUAAUCCGAGAGACGAGGCCGCUGUCCCGCUCAGCGCCUCAGCACGACUCCCCACAGCGACCUCCAUCUCGCUGACGACCUCGCAAAACGCCUCACAGCCCGAGUCGCCGCACGACAACCGCAAGGCGUCCGCUCAGCUGGAAGGCAGCAAGCGCGAGAACUCUCAGUAUUUAGACGCACCUAUGAUGACCACCACGACGAAGGCGGAGGUCCCGGACGAGUCUGUUAGGCAGCACAGCUCGCAACUCGAAGCGCGCCGCUUUCCCUCCCUCUCCAUCAACAGCAGGAGUGGAGAGAGCCAGCCGCUCGACCUGCGCACGGACGAGAGCGCGGUGGGCAGCCCCGCCGACCAUGAGCACGCCUUGCCGCACGAGGGGUCCCGCUUUGAGAUGCAUAAGACGCCGCACGAGUCCAUCGCGCCGAGUGCGGAGGAUGAUGGCCACUCCAGCGGUAGCGAAGACGACUCCGCCUCGGACAUCAGCAGCCACUACUCCGCCUCUACGAUAGAGGCGAUCCGCAACGACAACGGCAUCCUGGCACGUAGCGAGGAGGACACCGCCUCCUCCCCUGUAUCGGAGCGGCGCGACGAGGUGCCGCUGGAGGCUUUUGAGUCGGCCCUGGCGGAGGAGCUCGCGACGCGCGGCCUCACGGAGGACGCGACGAAGCGCAGCCGCAUCGACGUCCACCGCUACGGCACCAUCCGUGAGUCCGGCAAGUGCCUCUUUCCUCCCACGGAGAUGGCAGGCGAGGUGCCAGCGCACGCAAGGGUGCAGCUAGGCUUCUUCUCGGCGAAGCAGACCAUCAUUACGCUGCAGCGCGCGCACCAGCGCAACAACGCCGACCGCGAGCGCGCCUGUGCGCCGGGUGAACGGUCGCUGAAAUCGCUGAAGUGUUUCUUCGAGUCGGAGGUGCUGAGCGACCCGACGCUGACCGUCGAUGACGACGACUACCCGCACAACGCCCCAUCGGAGCGGCUACUGACGCGCGAUCAACUCAUGAAGGGCGACGGCGCUAUGGUGCGCAGGGCGGUCUCGCAGAUCUCCUACGGGGACCCGAUCCAAGUAUGGGAGAAGUCACAGACGGCUGCCAAGGAGGGUGUAACCGCGGCCAAGCCCACCGCGGGCAACCUGUGGGUGAGCGACAUCGACACACGGAAGCCCACUCCUGCCAUGCGCACCUUUACUGGUGGUUUUGUCUACCGCGUCGCCGCGGCGAAGAUCAGCAACCGCGUGACGGAGCUGCACGGCGAGGGCACCGACCCGAUCAUCGUCGCCGCUGCCCUCUACAGCCUGACCGACCGCCAGAAGGUGAAGGUGUCUGAAACGUUCUACUUCGACGCCGGCCUGGACGUCUUCUACCCGCAAAAAGAGCGCAAGGAGCUGGCGAAGAAGAACGAGGUCGUCGCUUUCGUGCCGAACGAGUUUAAAGGGACGCUGCACAUCAUCAUGCGCGUCUACCGACCGUGCUGUGAGGACUUCGACACCUACGUAGAUCUGUACAGUCGCGCCGACAGGUACAAGCCGGUGCACGUCGCGCCGAUGAAGCAGGAGACGCUGCUGCUGGCGCAGGUCUCCGACGUGCUGGAGGAGCUAGGGUGGAACGCCGCUCCGCUGCAAGGGGAGGACAACAAGCCGGUGACCAGCUUCACCAUUGACCGUCUCUACCGCAAGGCCUUCCGCGACGAGGAGACGUUUAAGGUGAUGCAGGACGAGCGGUGGCGCAGCGCGCAGAAGACGAUCCCAGUGAACUUCUCCUUCACCGUCCGCGACCUCUCCAAGCACGAGGUUGCCUUCCCGUCUGACCACCCCGAAACGCUGCCGGAGGAGAACGAGUCGAUGGUGAGCCUGCUCGAUCCGGAUGUGCAGGGUGCCCGUCCCGUCGUCUACCGCUACUCUCCCUGUUGCAUUCCCAUUCUCAACUCCGGCUACUUCACCACUUACAACAACGUCUACUACUUCCGUGUGUCGAAGCUGAAGGUGAUCAACACCGGCUACCUGCGCAACAUCCCCAACUCGCACCACACCUACGCCUUCCAGAUCUGUGUUAAGGCGAAGGACGAUGGCCUCUCGGAGGACGGCGCCAUCCAGUGCAUCUACGGCCGCGGCCUCAACAACCUGUCGAUGGACACGUUGGCGUGGUCGACGUCGAUGCACAACACGCCUGAUUUUGCCCUGAAUGACGAGUUCAAGCUGCAGCUGCCCCUCAACACGACGGACCGCCAUCACAUUUUCAUCACCUUGUACGCAACCUGUCAGCGCAAGACGCCGCCGACGGUGGGGCAGCCCCGCACCUUCAAGAUUGGAUACGCGGCUGUGCCGCUGAUGGUCAACGGCGUCAUUCAGGUGCGCGACAACAUCGACGUGAAGUUCGUAGCGCACGACCAGGCUGCCGUGGCUGCCGCCGGCGGCUACCUCAAGAACUUCGCUGAGGCGCCGGUGUCUGCGCUGCUGAACAACGGCGAGAGUGUGCUGCGUGCAUCCAGCCAAACCAAAACGACAGUGCACGCCUCCAACCGCGUCAUCGCGUCCGUCUUUCGCCAGUGUCCGCCCUCCAUCGCGGAGAUGAAGAAAAACGACAACGUCCUGAAUGAGUGCGGUGCGCUGCAGAAGCUGCCGCCCCUGGCAACGGACCCACACCGCGGCGUGGUCAGUCUCAUUUCACAGCUGCCACUCGCUGAGAUCUUGGCCUUCUACCCAUUUUUGAGCGCCUAUUCCUUUUCCUUGAUCGGCUCCGGCUCCACCACUGUGUCGCUUGCGAACCGCACCCACAUGCUGGACGUGCUCCUGGGCUUCACCGCCAAGGCGCAGCAGUACGACACCUCGACGCACACCAUACGCCGCCGACACAAUACGGAGGGCAUGACGCCGCAAGUCUUCGUCAAGACCAGCGCCGGCAGCGUGUUAUAUCACUUUCUGUCGAACGACACUCUCUACGAAGGGGCGGCGUGCGAGUACAAGCGGCGCCUCUACAGCGGACUGGCGGAGGCGUGGCUCAACUUGCUCAAGACACUGUCGCAGCAGCCGGCAGACGCGGCAAGGGACGGCAGCGCGCCGUCGACGCCGGGAGGCCCCAGCUCGCCUACUGCGGCGCGCGGCAAGAAGGCGGCCCCGCCAGCGCGCAACAUUCUCAGCGAGAUGAGCACCCUCUCGUGGUUCCUCUUUGACGUGAUUCUGCGCUCCAUGUACCUGUGGGGGGACGAGAACCCGGCCGUGCCGCGCCAGGACCUCUUCCACCCAUCUUUUUACUCCACCGUGGCGGAGCUAUGCGUUCUGGUGCUGACGAAGCUGUCCACCUUCGACGAGAGCCAACUCGUGCGCAACGUGGCCAUAUUUGUGCGCAGUCUGACGCACUACGCAGACCGUGGGCGUGUGCUCACGAUUUACGAGAAGAUCACGGCUUACUUUGAGGAGGCCGGCAAUCACGAGAGCUUGAUCAAUUUCUUGAAGUACGUCCUCGAGGACCCAGAUGCGAUGUACCUGCUGCUGCCCAGGGCCGGCGCCGGCCGCCCGGUGUUCUUCGCCCGCAUCGCCGUGAACUCCUUUACCACCCUCAUGAGUCACAACAAUCGCGUGACGCGAUCGCUGGCGACAAACGUGCUGUACAACUUUUUGCGGCGCCUCGCCAACGACUCCCGCACACCGAGCGAGAACCUGACGGGCAUCGCCUCGCAGCUGUUUGCCCUCGUGCGCAAUCUGGGCCCGCACUGGAAGUCGAUCACGCAGUCGAACGACAAAAUUCCCGCGGACUUGUUUCUGCUGGACAAGCGCCAGCUGGCUAUCACGUGCCUGUGGAUCAUGUACUACACCCCCCGCCGCAUCAUCACGCGGUGGCUGCAGGAGGAAGUGGACGGGAAGAUCAUCGCUGGUGUGAUGCAGAUCAUCUCCGACUCGCAGUCGGCCUUCCGCUACACGGCAGCCUCAGCUGUCGCUGCGACGGGCGAUGACGGCGAGCAGCGGGAUGAGCAUGCGGAAGAGCGAAAGGCGUGGGAGGCGCGCAACACCACCUUUGUGACCGCUAUCGGCGUGCAGAUGUGCAGCAUCAUCCUCAACGACAUCCCAAAGAUUCUGCGCACGGUGCGCGACAACAGCGCGAACACCGCCGUCUUCCCCUUCUUCGUCAUGCUGGAGUCGGUGCUGAACCUGGCGAACUCGACCGUCUCCUUGCAAAUGAGCUCCGCGGUGAUGCACGAGGUGGUCUGCAAGCUGUUUCCUGAGAUCAUCAGUCACAAGGCCCGCAUGGGCAACGGCAUGGUGCUGCUCACCUUCCGCCUCAUGAGCAGCUGCUGCCAGCACGUGCGCACCUCGGCCAGCUGCACCUUCCUUCUGAUGAGCCAAGCGUUCUUCUCGUGGAAGAGCUCGCUGUCAAAGAUCAAGUCGCUCACGGCGAACGCGCUCGUGUCGGUCGCCGAGUCGCGCGUGCGGGACCUGCGCCUGGCCGGUCGCUUCAUCGAGUUCCAGUUUGACGAGCUGAUUGAGCGGGCGAAGGUGGAGGAGGACGAUUUCCGGCUGCCUACACCUGACUUUGCCACGCGCUACGAGGAUGACUCCAACGCACCGGGCGGCGAUACGCAGAUGAAGUACAAGCACAAGGUGGAUGAGAUGUUCAUGAGCGUGCAGCGCAACCUGCCCAUCUCGCGCUACUUGCUGGAGAAGUCGAACGUGUCCGACCAGCGCCCGCCGCGCUUCUCGGAGGAGUUCGAGGCCAUGACGGUCACCGUGCUGAGCCUAUUUGACGAUGUGCUGCGUCUCCAGGUGGACGACUCGAUGAAGUUUAAGGAGGCGAGGGUCACGGCGUACGCCGAGGUGUUCCGCAACUUCCUGCGGCAAAAUGCGCUGAAGGAGGCGCUGAAAUGGCUCUACCGCCUGCAUGACGCUCACAAGGCCAACAACGACUUCGUGGAGGCGGGCAUGGUGCUCGUCUUCAUUGCCGCGUUGUGCUUCCGUGUGACGGAGGUGUUCUACUUUGUGAAGGGCACAGACUCCAAAGGCGCUCGCAUGCCCUUUGGCGUCCUGUCUCACGUGUUCUGGCAGGACUAUGUGCGGGUGCUGCCCGAGGCAGACUUGCUGCUGCCGGCGGACACGGUGUAUGGCAUCGUCUCCGAACUCUACGUGUGUCCGGACGAUGCGUGCUUUACACUGGAAGGCCAGGUGAAGGCGCUGAAAGAGGCCGCGGAGUUCCAGGACAAAGGGCAGUACUACGAGUUUUCCCUGCACACCAUUGGCAUCGUCGACAAGUACCUGCAAGCCGUCAGCGACUUCAAAGGGUCUGCGGUGGUGCACACGGCCAUGUCGACGUGGUGCACGGCGAUCGCUGAGCCCAAGACGAAGCGGCGCAAUGGCCGCUACUUCUUCGUGUGGGCCCGCAUGGAGCGCGACGCCCCGCCGAAGUCGCGUAAAGAGCUGCAAGAGGAGGCGGACGACAACAUGGUCGGCGAGAAGCCGCGCGGGCUGCCGGGUGGCAAGUCGGUAUGCCGCAUCUACAAAAUGCCGACCACCACGACGCUCGCCGAGUUUAAGGAGUACGCGAAGUCGUACAUCGAGUCCCUCUUUGCGGACACGUCCCUCGUGCGACUCACCGAGGAGCUGUCAGAGACGCAGCCGGCGCUGCCGGAGCCAGACUCGAAGCGCAAGCGGGUGGCGGCGGUGCAUCGUCAGCCGAACCACUGCCUGGUUACCGUGAACGAGGUGCAGCCGUACUUCCCGAAGGGCACUCGCAUUCCCCCCGAUGGCUAUGACCGCUCGAUGCACCUCGGCUACUUUGAGAACACGGUGAACAUCGGUCCUCGGGACGACGUGGCGGAUGGCCGCAAACUGGACUUGAUGUCGCAGCGCAUGAGCAUCAGCACAUACGAGCUGGAGCGCUCCUUCCCGUCCACCACCACUGCCAUCGAUAUUGCCAAGACGCACCAGGUGACGCUGGACCCCUUUGAGACGGCGGAGGAGAUGCUGAACAGCCGCCGCGAGGUACUGAGCCAGGCAGCCAACAACGACAGUCUCAUUACAGUGCUGCGGAUGACUCUGUCGCCGAAGGGGCUGCAGCCUGGUGUGUACAUGAAGGAGGCCAUCGCCGUGAUGGGCGACCACCCAGAGGUGAUUCGCUCCGUCCGUUCGCUCAGCACUCUCGCCCGCACCAAACUGGAGGCCUGCGAUAAAAUGGAGGCGAUGGUGAAGAACCCGGAGGACUACGCUCUGGUGCUGAAGGCGGUGACGGACAUCGAGUGCAGCCUUAUAGCGAUGGACAGCCCCGACGAGGACUCCGACACCAACUCCGCCGCGUAA